AUGCCUGAUGUCGUGAGGAAGCAGACAAUCAAACAGGCGAAGGCCUCAUUCAAAGCUCGCGGCCGACCGACACUCACCGAGAAGGAAUCGCGGCAACUUCAACGCGCGAUCGAACUCGAGGAGCGCGCUGAUCGUGCCCGAGAAGCUGAGAAGAGACGCUUGGAAGCAGCAAAGAAGCGAUCUGAAAAAGAGAAACGCGAGCAGGCACAAAGCAAGCAGCAGGUACAGCUAGGGACACAGCGGCGAUGCGACCGUUUUGGCUACAAGAGCAGCCAAUUCCAUCUCGGCGCCUUUUUCCGCAGACAGGCGACCGAGAAGCCCGGGAGAGAAGAAGCCAGUAGACAACACGGACAGGAAGCGUUUGACGACGAUGAUCUGGACGAUGCGUCCCUGCUCGGUGCAAUCAAUGAUGCAAAUGCGUCCGAUCCUGCAACGAAGCAGCUCAGGCCCGAUGCUAGUCUCAUGCCUCCACCUCCUCGUCCUGCUGCUGCUUUAAUCAGAGCACCUCGGCUUCCAGAGCAGGAGGAUUUCAGCGACUUGUUCGAUGACCUUGACAGCAGCACGCAGAUUGCCAGAGCAUUGGACAGUCCCCAGUCGAAAGCAACGCACCAUUCAGUGGAAGGAGCUACGAGUGCUUCGAUGGUUACAUCUCGGCCGAAGGCAUUCUCACGAGCCGGCACAUUUCGCAAAGAUUCACAGAUUCCCCUAGAAGACAUGUGCGAUGACUUUGGCGACCUUGCAAGUGCCACGCAGAUUGCCCGUGAGCUUGAUGACGGUGUCAACGAGGUACGGAGAGCAUCAAAUGCUAGUGGCAGCUCCUUUGGCUCCGGUAGUCUCGACUUGACCAUGGAGGAUAUUGCGAUGAUCGACCCCCCUAGACCGCUCAAAAGCCCGAGUCUAGCAAGUACAGCUCCGUGGCCAAAACCUUCAAAGGACAACGUCGAGAUUGUUGUUGCCAGCGACCACGAUGCAGAUGGAGCUGCCGUGAGCCCAGAUCAUCGAUUGAUCGCCCACUCAAGGACAGCCAGAGGGGCAUCGGAAAUGCCGCCACCCACGUUAGCUGCAAAAACGUCUCGCGCAAACAAUCCACCGACAACUUCGCGUAGUCCUGUUCCGAUGGAGCAGAAAGGAGCGGGCAUUCGAGGCCCAUUCCUCUCAGCAUCAUCUCUAUAUUGCUCGCCGGACCUUGGAUUCACGUCUACUCAACUUGAGAGCUUCAUUGAUGAUGACCUGCAAUUGACACAAGUCAAUUGA